UUGGCCAUUUCGAAAAUGCCAUCCAUUCAAGUUGGAAUACUUUUGCUGACCAGCUGCCUGGCUGUAGUACUGCUGCCCGUACAGUCUGCCCCUGGAUACAUCGAUGGAAGGAUCGUUGGAGGUGUGGAUGCCGGCAAGAAUCAAUUCCCUCAUCAGAUCUCACUGAGAAAUGGAGGCUCCCACAGCUGUGGAGGCUCGAUCCUGUCGAGAACCUACAUCCUGACCGCUGCCCAUUGUGUGACCAAUGAGGAUUCAGAUGGAAAGUAUGUGGCCGUUGCAGCGGAGCGUCUUACUGUUCGUUCGGGAAGCAAUGAUCGGUUUAGUGGAGGAAUCCUGAGCCAGGUGGCCGAGGUGAUCUUCCAUGAGAACUAUGGCAACUUUGAGAACGAUAUUGCUUUGCUGCGUCUGGAUACACCGCUGAUUUACUCGGCCAGCAUCCAACCCAUUGCUCUGCCCACUGUUGACACUCCCGUGGAUGCGAAUAUUAUCAUUUCCGGUUGGGGCAGACUUUGGCAUCAAGGAGAUUUGCCGCGUUAUUUGCAAUACAACACCUUGAAGUCUAUUUCCACGGAGCUAUGCGAUGAGCUGAUCGGCUUCGAUUUCCCCGGUGAACUGUGCCUCAUCCACGAGGAGGAUAAUGGAGCCUGCAAUGGUGACUCUGGUGGUCCGGCUAUCUACAAUGGUGAAGUGGUGGGAAUCGCUGGAUUCGUUGUGGGAGGAUGUGGCUCCAAUUAUCCGGAUGGUUAUGCCAGAGUUUACUAUUUUAGAGAGUGGAUUAGGAAGUACGUUCUGGAUAUUUGAAUAUAAUGCAGAGGACUUGAGGUUUUUUUUUGUAGAUUUAAAAACAAGUUAAUAAAUA